AUGAUACCGUCUUCUCAUUGUUUAAUGCAGACGUUUUUUUCUCUUUGCCCAGAGGGAGGAAGCAGGCCGCACUCCCUUCCCUUCCUCCUUUUCCCUCAUAGCUUCCGCAUGUACAUUUUCCUGUUUAACCCCUCAGUGUCAAGGAGAAAGUACUCUCGUAAUUUCCAGGCAUACAGACUUCUGUCUGCAGGCCCCGAAAGAGGCUCGUCCUGGCCUUUGGACCGCCUCUGGGAACUCCCUGGUUCCAGCCUGGAUUCCUCCUUCUGGAAGGAUUUGUGUCCCAAACUCCUCUCUCCGUGUAGGCUCUAA